UAGCUGUGGAGCUGCCAAAACGCCUGGACCUCAAAUUGUGUGCAUUUGCAGCACGCUACGACUCCGCAAUAGCGCGAUUGCUUUUUACAGACUUCACCAGCACACAAUACAUCUGGAGGGGUCAUACUUUCGUGCCUCCAGCCAUCUUUAUCAAGUAAUUCGCUUGGAAAAGAACACCGAUUCAAGAUGGGCUGGUUUGAUGGAAAAUCUUCAUCCUCAUCUUCCCACCACUCUCAUUCCCGCCGCCGUUCUUCCCCCUCACGACGUUCCACUUACUCAACUCAUCAUCCUCGUCACUCUGCUCCCUCGAUAUUCAGUCUGAACGGUGGUGGUAGUCGCGUCGGACGCACCAGCCCGUCCGUGCUCUCUUCGUCCUCAUCGCGGCGCGCACGUCCCCGAACAGGCUUCGUGCAGAAGGUGGUUCGCGCCAUCAAACGCUUGCUCCGUGACAUUUACGACUAUGCGCGUCAAAACCCAGUGAAGGUUCUCAUGCUGGUUGUCAUACCGCUCCUCACGAGUGGUGUUCUGCAGAAAUUGCUCGCCAUGAUCGGAAUCCGACUGCCAAAGGGGCUUUUUGGCGGGAAUUCAUCGAAGCCCAGUGGCAACAGCAUGUCAGACAACAUCAAGGGUCUCAUGAACAUUGCGAAAAUGCUGAUGUAACCUACUGAGGCAUUGCUUUAACCUCUGUAUUCCAGCGCUUCUGCACUUUGAUGUAUGAAUGGGAACAUCAGCGAGGAUUAGUCAGAAAAGAUAGACACGACACGAUCAUGAUAUGACAAUGACGAUACGACGCAAACUUGACUUGAUGCUUCUUGGUUGUUACGAUGUCCGUUGGCGGUUGCGGGUAACUCCAAAGAGUCAUGUUCCCGAUAUGUUUCUGAUA